AUGACUCAAUUACCCAACAUCCAAACCUUCUUAUCUAAAAUAUCGACAGCUCUCACCAUGGCAAACUCUCCUUACUUAAUGUGCGAACCAAUGUACCUGGGUGAAGAACGCUUUCAACGAUGGCCGUCCCCUGCCAAUCAUGCUGGUCCUCAAUUCCUCACAUUCUGUUUCGCAAUCUUAAAAUAUCGCGACAAUCAACCUCCAUUCACUAUUGACUUUCCCUCGGAUCUUUACCGCGAUCUCAAGAAAUCACAAAGAAUCCGCGACAAAAUGCCAGAUGUCAACCUCGCAGAUACGUCCGAAGAUAAUUUUAUGGAUGAUAUUCCUUGGCCCGACUAUCAUCAUAUUGAGAUCCCGCCAAUAUCUGAAGAUCAACUGGAAAGUAUUGGGUACCAUAUCGACUUAUUGGAACCCGAACUCCUUGGUCCGAUUAAAGGUCCUACAAUGAGUGAUGAGGAUUUCAUCUUUCAAAAGCUUAAUUUGAAACAAAAGAGAACAAAAGAAGAGCCUUUUGAAGAUAUUCCCUAUAUUUUAUUUGAGCAUAAAUUCUUCGAGGCAAGAGUUCAAAGUUUUGAGUCUGCGAUAAGAGCUGGAGAAGGACCACAAAUACCAGUAUGGGCACAUCAAACUUUCGAGAUUUUUGAAGAAGAAGAGAUGGCUGUAUCAGACCGUCAGCAGAUUGAAAAAGGCCUUCGAAGCUACGAUGCUACCUACCGUGCAAAUUACCUUAACCCCGAUCUUGUACCCGAAAAGAAAUUAGGUUCAUCAAAAAAAUCAGGUGCUAUGACGAACUGGUAUCGAAAAGGUCCUAUAGGAAGUGGUCGAAAACCUCCACCAAAACCACGACAAGAUGUUGCAGAGAGCAUUUCUCAAGAUCAUAUAUGGCUUCUCCAACAAGAUAAUAUAGCCCGAGCCAAAGAUAAUGAAGAUAUUGAGAUGAGUGGAAUGAGUGUUAGUGGUGGAGGGAGUAUCGUUGGUGUGGAAGCUAUCGGCGGAAUGAAUGCUACAAUCAAUGCUCCUGAUCCUUCCGAAUUGAAUUCUGGAUUCGAUCAAAUGAGUACUACACAAGGUGCUCCUGGUCCUUGGGGAUACAAGUCUAGCUCUGUUGGUGCGUAUAAUGCUCCUACUGCAGAAUACAACUAUCAUGCCAGUACCGCCAGCAAUGGUGCCGGUCCUUCUGGAUAUAAUUCUGGAGCCACUUCAAGGAUUGUCCCCGUCAAUACAUCAACUAAUAUCCCCGUCAAUACAUCAACUACUAUCGCCAAUAAUACACCAGACUCUCUGAUGUACAAUUCUGGAAUUGUUUCAAGCACCGCCCCUAUCAGUACGCCAAUGGCUUCCAUUAAUAGUACGCCAAACCCUCCAGUAUACAACUUUGGUUCCGGUGCAAAGAACGUUGCAAACACUGCAUCAGGUCCUUCUGGGUGUAAUUCUGGGAUUAUCGGAAGUAAUAUUCCUAGCAGCACGAAAGUUCCUUCGGGAUAUACUUCUGGACCUAGCAUAAACACCACAAUUAAUACUUCAGCAAUCCCUUCUGGACAGAAAACCUUGUCAGCUCCAACUCCAAGUGAUACAAUCAGUACAAGAGGAAUAGCUGGAACGACUACCUUGAGGGACUCUUCUCAUCCUAUUCCAGAUUAUAAUCAAGGAUAUGCUAAAUCUUUGGUCGAGCCCGUCAGACAUAAUUAUGCGAACUCUUACCCCACACAUGCUACCUCUAACCCACCCAACAUAAAUCCUCGCAACACCAUCGAAGUCCAAUAUCAAGGCAUUACUCACCAACCCAAUCUUUCCACUGCAGCCGCAUCCGUAUCCGCAUUCGCACCCGCACUGGCAUCGGCAAGCGAAGAAAUCCUUCAAACACCAUCUACAAGCCAGGAGCCCGACAUGGAGAGCCUCCUUGCCAUCAACAAAAGGAUGGCUGCAAGAGAUGAAAAAGAUGAAGACUGGCAACCAAGUCAAAAACCAAAACCAAAAGCCACCAGAAGGACCGCUAUUUCUAAAGCUGCCACUGCCAAUCCGACCACACCCAAGGUAACAGUUCGUAAAACUGCUACUCCCAGAACUAGGAAGCCAAAGGGCGUUGAUGCCAAUGUCGCUAAUCCUAUGGCUAUCACCUCUACAGCUAUCAAUCCCACAGUUGAAACACCCAACCUCAUCAAGCCAGCUACCGUUGUGAAAACUAGAAAUUCUAGAGCUGUUACUCCAAGAACUGUCGGACCCAGGUCUGCUGCAAUCAAGGCUACUGGUCCCAGAACUGCUACUACUAGGAAUUCGACUCCAAAGACUGCAAAUACUAGGAGCGCAACUCCCAGAGCUAAUUCUAAGUCCAACGCCCCCAAGCCUUCCGAGUCUACCUCAACCCCGAGUCUCAAACCACCCGUCACCAGAAAAUCCUCUCUCAAAAAGAGUAUUUCGAGAGACAGUGCCGACGGCACAUGGGAGCCUGAAGAUGAAGAUUUAUAA